AUGGCCGAAUAAUCCAUAGUCGCAUCAGCUUAAGAAAGCACUCAAUUGACUCCAAGAGGUUUAGAAAAAGAGAAGCCAGCCACAAAGGGAAAUAUAUAUACAAGAUUUAUCGAUGGAGCAGUUAGUGGUUUAGUUAGUGGAGCUAUUUUGCAACCCUUAUAAGUUAUUAAAACCUCAAUGCAGAUUAGUCCAAUUGAAAAACCAUAAGAUCAUCAUUUGCAAUCAAAAGCAUUCAAAAAGAUAAUGUCACACACUAAGCAUAAGCAUUAUGAUCUAUUAAGUUUUAAGGAGGCUACAUUUUUAAUAUAUGAAAGAGAAGGUGUAAAAGGCUACUAUAGAGGGUUUCUUCCCUCUCUAAUUAAGAAUACUAUGAACUCCGGAACAUAUUUCAGCACUCUUUACUAUCUAAGAUUAAUGCUUCAAAAAACCUCAGUUAUGUCAGAUAACUGGAUUAACUUCUGGUCAUCUGCUAUUGCAAGGGGUUUUCAAUCUACGUUAAGUAACCCAUUAAUAGUCAUCAAAACAAGGCUGGAAGUCCUUGGAUUCAAGGAAUACAAUACAUUAAGCGAUGCAGUUAGGAAAAUAAUAUUAAAUGAAGGUUAUGGUGGUUUCUUUACAGGCCUUAAAAUUUCAUUAAUUCGUGAUGUUCCUUUCUCAGGAGUUUUUUACCCGAUAUAUGAAUUCAGCAAGAAAUUUUACAGUCAAAUGUUGAGUUUUGACUAAAGAGAUGAAUAUGGUAGAACAAGAGCGUUAUACUUAGCUUUGAUUUCGUCGAUGGCAUCAAUCACUGCUAAUUUGAUGAGCUGUUUGAUUACUCAUCCCUUGGACAUUAUCAGAACGAGAGUUUUCUUUCAAUUUUACAAUAAAGACCAAAGUUAACAUUAUCAAAGUAUCUCGAGUGCAAUAUUAAAAAUAUAUGAAUACGAUGGAUUAAUCGGCUAUUUCAGAGGUAUCACACCUAGAAUCAUUAGAAAAGGUCUCGGUAAUAUAUUAGCUUGGGGUAUUUAUGAAUAUCUAGUUGAUAAAAGAGAAGGUGUUCAAUUUGACUGA